UGCUUGCGGUCGCUUGACGUUGGCACAGUUCAUUUGUAGAGCCAGCAGUGCAAAGUAGUGGUAGACGCGCGCAACCGUCGAAGGAUAUUUUAUGAAAACACCUAAACGAUUACAAGCAACAACAAAAGCAAUGACAACACGAACAGAAACUCACCUAAGGCACACUUGGCCCGCGCUGGUGCUAAUUUCGGCCUGCUGUGUUGCGCUUGCGGCCGGUCAGGGACUGCGUUUGCCCGAUCAGCAACCUCAACAACAACAGCAACAACCUCAACAACAGCAAAAUGUUCAACAGAUUUUCGCUCCACAGCCACAACAAUUACAUCCACAACAGCAACAGCAACAACAGCAGCAGCAGCAGCAGCAAUCGCCUGCUGUGAGUUAUGGACAGGAGCGCGGUUUGGGCUCAGCUUUCCUGAGUUUAAUUGGCCUGCAGCAGGAUAACGACCCCUAUUUGGCGCGCACAAAUCAAAAUUGCGUGAGCGGCGAUUUAUCCGAGUGCUUCAAGACACAAGCGCUUGGCAGCUUCGAUGAAAUUUUCUAUCGCGACCAAUAUGCCUUGUCUGAUUUCGCCCGCGUCAUUCGUUUGCCUGAAACGCAGCAACGUUCACUUUUGCAGGAGCCUUUCGAAUACUCUCAGGAACCGCGCAACGAGGAUAGCGAUUGGGAUCAAUUGGUAAAAUACGCACUGAGACGUGCUGAACGCUUUGUCAAGUCCACGGCAUUGGAAGUCGACGUUCCUGAGGAGCUCACCGAGGCGGGACGCUAUUCUGCACGUUUCAUUGGUAACGACAUUGACAGUGAAUUAGACAUCAUUGAGGAUAAGCAUGCGCCCGUCUUCAGUAAGUCGCGCUCCAAAACAUCUCGUAAGAAGUUGAAGAAGAUGAUCAUCCCAUUGUUGUUGGUAUUGAAAAUCUUCAAGCUGAAAUUGUUACUAUUCUUGCCCUUCAUCCUCGGCAUUGCUGGUUUGAAGAAGAUACUUGGCUUGGCUGCUAUCAUACUACCCGGUUUGUUCGCUUACUUCAAACUAUGCCGUCCACAAGGUGCUCCCGGUUUUGGCGGUGGUGCCUUCUCCGGUCUCUUUGGCAGCAAAAGUACCUUCCCCGAGUACUCACCACAAGGUGUGGGCUCAGCCACUUACUACCAUCAUCAUGAUCACUACGAGGGCGCAGGCGCUGGACAUGGUCAAUUCUAUCGUCAGGAUCCCUCCUUUUCGAAGCCAUACACAGAUUACUACAGCAAGAAUUACCAAACUGUUGGCAACGGCGGUAAUUCUGUAAGUUUCGGUGAUGCUCACGAAGCCGCUUACUCGGGGUAUUAUGGCCGCAACACAGGCAAGGAUAUACAGAGCGAGCAGAAGAGUUAGAGGGCGACGAAACCUGCCGAGCACCGCCAUAUUCCCUUUGCCAUCCCAGUGGCACGACUCUUUGAAGUUGUGCUCGCGUUUUUGUUUUCUUCUAAGAGUUGAGUUUUUGUUGUUUUCAUUGAUUUUGUUAUAUGCUAGUGCGUGUUUUCACCGACUGUUGAAUUGUAAAUAUUUUAGUUGCUCAAGCACUAUUUAGCUUUAGUGUUGGGCUCUCAUGCAAUGUCCUAGCUAAUUAUUUAUUAACCUACACUUAUGUAUUGAAUGUAUUUUAUAUGAAUAAAUUAUAAGCCAUUUU